AUGGCAUCAUCAAAGUUCCUCCAAGACUUGAUAUGGAAUAGUCCAGCUAUGGUCUCAAAUGAAUACCUCAGGGAGCGGCUCAAUGUGUGCUUGGCCGGGGAAGACGAUCCAUCCUUUGUUGAACUCCUGGUCGACGAAAACGACACCAGCCGCUCCAAGGGAGAGCCUGUUCCAGAAUACAUUUCAUUUCCACUGGAUUCACUUGACACCCGCUACAGCAAGGCAAUACUUCUGCCGCUGGCAACCUAUUACAACGUGAAGGAGUUCAGGUAUCAGAUGACGCAACGGAUGAAAGCUCUGAAACUCAUCUUCAUUCGACAGCGCAAUUCUUUUAGUGAGCUCAGCAUUAAUCGAGAGCUCCUGGAUUGUUUGCUGCACAUUUGCGACAUAUCCUUGAGGUUCCUUGACUUUGUCGUAUACUUCGGUCCGAAGAGUGGAGAGACGAGCUUGACACCUCCACGGAUCUGGACAUCACCGAGAACUCCUGUGUCAGAAGGCCAGCCGGUUCCACGACCUUUCGGUAGGUUUCAUCCUGUACAGACUGAAGCCCAUGUUGAUCAACAAGAAUGCAUCUACAUAAUACGAUUUCCUGAGCUUAACCACCGCUCCGAGUCUAGUCCCUGGUCCAUGAGACAGUUCUUGCUUUAUCAUCAGAUUCCGACGGAUUCCGCCACGGCAUGUAUUAUAUUUGCUGGCGUCGGUAAAGGCCCAGAAAGGUUGCUCGGUCAUUACAUAUCCUGUUGCGGGAGAAACGAGGCCUUAGAUCCAGUGGAAGUCCACCUUGUCCUCUUGAGCAGUGUUACAGCCACCUGGCGGCCGUACAUGGAAUAUCUCGACAAGGAAGUGAGCACUCAAGCCGACCGUGCGAUAUUGGCCGACCUUAACGGUGACGGGGUUGAAAUGACGCAGCUGGAGGAGCGACAGUACUUGAAACAGCUUGAAGAUGCUCUUGACGAGGCAGCAGCGAUUCUGGAACAUACGACAGAUACGGCUGAUACAGUGCACAAGAACUUCAUGCCCGCCUGGCCGAAUAUCACACGAACUAUUCCAUUCGAGAUACUUGAUCAUGGCUUCCAAGAAGUCAUCAAAGGGCUUAGACACUACGGUACACAGACGCAGACUCUACGAAACAAGGUCAAAAGCGCUUCUGACUUGGUUUCCAAUAUUUUGGAUCUCGGCAACAGUAAUACGUUAAAAGUGUUGGCAGUAGAAUCGGCUCGAGAGACUGCUGUUAUGCACCAUCUCACCAAGAAGGCCACUCAGGACGCGGCAGCAGUCAAAGUCCUGACAAUACUCACAUUAAUAUACCUCCCGGCCACAGUCAUAUCGAAUUUCUUUUCCACUUCUUUUGUCAAUAAUUCAUCACCAUCUAUGCUUGGUGGUUCUACGUUCAAAAGGAGAUACAUGGGCAAUAUCCGACAUGGUGGCGAUAUGCGCAACGCAAAUACCACUUAUUGCUCGGAACACGAUUCAGCGGGCGGCGCCGGAAACGACACGAGGCUGACGGAGAGAUGCGCCAACUUUGAAAAGACGGGGUUGAAACCCAGUGUGGUUGAAGCCUCAGACCAGCCUCUCACGCCUUAA